ACUCGGGCCCCCAAAAGGGUUGCCGUCCGUCCGUCGGAGGUGGCUGCUGCCGCUGAUGUGGCCUCAUGGAUGAGCUGGUACAUGACUUAGCCUCAGCCUUGGAGCAGACGUCGGAGCAGAAUAAGAUUGGCGAGCUGUGGGAGGAGAUGGCCCUGAGUCCUCGGCAGCAGAGGCGGCAGCUUCGCAAGCGGAGAGGUCGGAAGCGCCGGUCCGACUUCACCCACCUGACCGAGCACACCUGCUGGUACAGCGAAGCCUCAGAGUCGAGCCUGGAUGAGGCCAUCAAGGACUGUCGAGAGGUGGCCCCCGUCACCAAUUUCAGCGACUCGGAUGACACGAUGGUAGCCAAAAGGCACCCGGCUCUCAACGCCAUUAUCAAGAGUAAGCAACAUUCUUGGCACGAGUCCGAUUCCUUUACCGAAAAUGCCCCCUGUCGACCCCUGCGCCGGCGGCGGAAGGUGAAGCGAGUGACGUCCGAGGUGGCCGCCAGCCUUCAGCAGAAGCUCAAGGUGUCUGAUUGGAGCUAUGAGAGGGGCUGCAGGUUCAAGUCUGCCAAGAAGCAGCGUCUGUCCCGCUGGAAGGAGAACACUCCCUGGACCUCCUCAGGCCACGGCUUGUGUGAAUCAGCAGAGAAUAGGACUUUCCUGAACAAGGCGGGAAGGAAAGAAAGGAUGGAGUGUGAAGCUGAUGAGCAAAAGCCGGGUUCUGAUGAGAACAUGUCCGAAUGUGAAACCAGCAGUGUGUGCAGCAGCAGUGACACAGGGCUUUUUACCAAUGAUGAAGGACGGCAAGGGGAUGACGAGCAGAGUGAUUGGUUCUACGAAGGAGAAUGUGUCCCAGGAUUCACGGUCCCAAACCUUCUACCCAAGUGGACUCCUGAUCACUGCUCUGAAGUGGAGAGAGUAGAUUCUGGACUGGACAAGCUUUCAGACUCCACGUUCCUCUUACCUUCCCGGCCUGCUCAGAGAGGGUACCAUGCUCGCUUGAACCGUCUGCCUGGAGCUGCAGCUCGAUGCCUUAGAAAGGGACGAAGAAGGCUUGUUGGGAAGGAGACCAGCAUAAGUACUCUGGGCACUGAGAGACUUGGCCACAUCAUUAGUGACCCUCGACAGAAAGAUUUCUGGUUACCAUCAGCUGGAAAAAGAGAACGAAAUCAGUUGAAUCCGCUCUCUCCCCUCUACUCCUUGGACGUGCUCGAGGAUGCUUCUCACCGAAGGUGUUCGCCGGCUCAUUGCUCUGCCAGACAGGCAAAUCUACACUUGGGGCCCCCAUGUUCACGUGACAUCAAGAGGAAACGGAAGCCUGUGGCCACAGCAUCUCUCUCCAGUCCAAAUGCAGCGCCUGUGGAUGCAGUGGAACCAAUCUCACCAUCGCCACAGGCCCAGAAAUAUCCCAGCUCUGAGUGGCUGGUCAGGACCUCAACCACCGAGAAAGCCACUCACACUGCUACAGCCACAUUCUUUAAAAUGCCCCAGGAGAAGAGCCCAAGCCCGGGAUCCAGCUAGAGCACAACGCACCCCAACUGGAGCCACGGGGGGCUGGCACCCUAGUGACCCACUUGGUGUUCUGUUAUCUCACAGAUCUUCAUUGACAAUCCCAGUCCUUCCCCACGAGGACUCUCCCUCUCCCAGCAAAGCAGUUGGCUCUUUUCUACAGUGAAAUCCUAUUAACAGAAAUGGAAUCUUUUUAAGGAACAACCAGUCUGAUGUGGGCUGGCGGCUUCCUUCUGGAAGUCAUUUCUAGUGCUGUACUGGUGGCAUUGCUGUUUGCUAGCGAAACUUGGAACUGCUUUUGCAAACCUUUUGUGCUGGACUUUUUAUCACUUAAGGAAAUCCCCAACUUUUAUCACUGUUCCAGACCAACGUAACAUCAGAGUUCGACCUAUGUGGAACUGUGUUUGCAGGAGGCAAGGCUUGCCUUCAGGCCAGGUCUCUACUCCCUCACAGUGCCAAAAGGACAGAGCCACCGAGACCUCCACUGGGGGUGAAGAGGCAUCAGCAGCACAAGCAUUGGGCACUUUUUCCUGGUUGCCCCGUGGCCUGUUUGCAUCUGCACCAAACCUUGUUUCCUCUCCACAGGACUGUUCUGGAAGCCGCCCUUUGUCUUCACGUACGCAGACCCGCGUCAAUGAAGAGGGUCUGGCGUACAGCAAACUGAAAAGAGUGGACUGUUUCAUAACUACUUUGUGCCACAGUAUAAACCUUUUAUGUCCUCAAGGGGACUUUUAUUGUUAGUGUUAUAGGUCAGUAACCUGCCACAGAAGCUCAUACUCUAUUAUAAUAAUGGCUCCUUGGAGCCAUACUUUGGGAAGGAUAAAUGUCUUUUUGACAUUCCUUUAUACUUGGUGUGUUUAUGAGGGCUUCUCUGCAGGUCGAGUUAUAUAUGCAGCCAGGCCAGAAGCUGGAUGCUACUUUAUCAAAGUGAGGCAUAAGUAAGUGACUGCCUGGAGCUGCUGGAGAGAGGCCAGUGGUGUCAAGUGUCUGUCACUCAGGCCCCGCUGACAAGGGCUCUUUUAGUAUGUGUCAGAGCUGCUCAGAAACAUGCUGGUGUACAAGUGUUUGCUGCUGUGGUAGCCACAGGCAGUGUUUCCCAGAGUGGGGCAUGCUCCCUCUUCUGGGGGUGCUAGAACAAUCAAGGUGGGGAUGGUAAUGCCUGGGGUACAGUUGGGAUGGGGGUAUCUUCAGUUUGUUCACUUCAAGGAGAUAGAGUUCCAAGGGGACACUAGGGCAAGUAAGUUCAGGGGCCUCUGCUAGAGGAGCACCCACUUCUGUGCCUGGGUGGUUUAUGCUGUAUGAGACACCUGGAUGCAUCCCCAGAUGUCGUCGUUUAUUCUCACUCACAGUGCAGUGGCGGGCAUGUCCUCACUCAUCCUUUCCUGCUGUG